UCAAGCCAGCCAGCCAGCCAUGUUCGCCAGGAAUUAAGGAACCGAACCCAAGACCCACAGGUUCUGGUCUGGUCCAGGAGGUUUGGAUGAACAGGAACCACUGAGGAACCUGCUGUGAAACCACACCACCAACAUCUGAGCACCACCACCAACAGCAUCACCAUCAGCAGCAUCAGCACCACCACCAGCAGCAUCACCAGCUCCAACACCAGCAAGUAGCAGCAGCAGCAGCAUCAACAGGGAGGGGGUGCGUGCGCGCGCGCGUGCGUCCCUUCGAGCGAGCGCGUGCGUCCGCGUGCGCUCCUUCAGAGCAGAGCAGAGCAGUCUGCAGCGGAACCAGCAGCAGCCAGCUAUCUAACAUGUUGUUGGGUGGCACUCUGGGUCUGCAAGCAGAGCUGACACGACUCCCAUUCAUUCCUAUGGGGAAGAGUUUCCGAUAUUUUGGCCACGCGAGGAAAUAAGUGAGGGGGGAAAUACCUGCGCGCGCACUAAUUCACAAGUUCUGGAAGAUGGUCCGCGGUGUGGUGUGAAGUUCUGGGAUGGAGAACCGGCGUGAGAACGUGAGGGAAACAAAAACUCACGGCUUCACAUUCUGAGCGGUUAAAAGGAUCGCCGGACCCCCAAACGCAACCAGAACCAGGGAGAGCGAUGUAAAGGAAGGCUGAACUUUUUCAAUAUCAUUAGGACUGUUUACACGUCUUGAAUGGUUUCAAAAGAUUCACUGAAGGCUCAAGACUAUUCUGAAGAGUACUUUGAAGGUCUUCUUCUAUUUUACAUUUUUUUCGCCCAUCUCUUUUUAAAACUGCUGGAAUAAGUGCAUUUUCUUCACUUCGCUGUGAGCUGUGAGCCAUACCUACAAUGCUAUUUCAGCUGCAGACUUUUGUGAAUUGCGAGGUUUUGUUCAGCAUCAGGUCUGAAUUAUUUACAGACUGACCAGUAAGAGCUUACCCGGACAAAUCUCACCAAGAUUUGGCUUGCCUUGAAGAUAAGCCUCUGUAAAUAUGAACGGCGGUUCGUGUUGACUUAACAUCGGUUAGAUGUGGCGAGAGUGGCCUCCAAAGGGCUGCGCGGUCAAAAUGAUUCCCCAUCACACUGACCUUAACCAUUCCAAAGAUCUCACCACCCUACGUAGUCCUCUAAAGACGUAGAUUAGCACAAUGACUAGGGACAUUACGGUAAUGUCUAUUAAUAGAGUUGAUUCUUAAUCUCUUUUAAAUACGUGAGAAAUUUGCAUUCAGGGAGUUUUGCUAAAGACUUAAGUGCCACUGUUGAAUAUAUCGAGUGCCCAGUAUUGUCUCGUAUUGAGGUCGUAAAGAGGUCGUAAUGAGGUCGUACUAAAGACGACGACAACACAAAAAGCCAGAAACAUUAGUUUACAUUUUAUGGUGUUUACAGUUGACCUUAAGUGAGAUUAUUCAUCUUAAUAAGUGCCGAAACAGGGAGGUAUACUUAAUGAACACAGCUGUACAGCCUUCCUGACUCACCCAUCGUUUGAUGUAACGCAAUUAAUAAGGGAAGCCAUUGUUACUCUUCAGGCGUAAACUCACUUUUUAGCACUUUCGUUCUGUUUAAUCACAAACCUCUAAGGAAAGGUGGAUGAAAGAACAUCUCACGUCGCCUCAAAUGAGAACAGUUUUCUUCGCGGCCAUCUCCAGCAUACUAAACGCCAAUCUGAACUUGUUGGCAUCUUCGUUAUUUUCAUUCCAAAGCAUCAGAUUUCCUCUAACCUUGAGAGCACACUGUAAAAGCCUCCCCACCUUUUUUAUUCUGGCUGAGAACUUUGCACAACCCCCUCCUUUCCUUCCCAGUCAUUAAUUUAUGGACUGUUUUGAUACAUACACUCCCCUCGAGGCCCGUCACUUGCUCGUCUCCCAUGUGGCUCCCCUGAGGAGGCCUGUUUGGAAGGAGGAUUCUGGGUUCCGCAUUGUGUGACGAGGUUGAGUCAGCAAGAGAAAAUAGCCAUGUUUAGUCACAAAAAGAUCACGAUGCCCACCUUGGGAGCUGGAGUAUGUGUCACCCUCUGCUUCCUGCUAAUCUCUUUGCCCCUGAUCGCAUGGUCAGCCAGCGUUUCAGAUCCCUCAAGGGCCAGAAACGUUCCCAGGAGGCCCACCAGUGCGCCCACCAUCAGCCCCAGGCCCAGCAGCUGGGGUUUCCUACAGCAGGGCAGGAGUGGGAACGGGAGGAAGGGCCUGCCGGUACGGCAGAAGCCGGCACUCGUCACAGCGGAGACGCCGCAGAGACCCCAGGCCCAGGUCAUGCUGUCCAAAAACGAGACGGCCAACGCCCUGAAACCCCCGCUCGGGGCGGCCCAGGUGGCUCCGCCUCCCCGGCGACGGGUGGAGGUGGACGUGUGCCGCGGCUACUACGACGUCAUGGGUCAGUACGACCUGACCUUCAACUGCUCCAAGGACGACUUCAUCUACUGCUGCGGGACGUGUCACUACCGCUUCUGCUGCACGGACCCCUCGCGCCGCCUGGACCAAAACCUCUGCAACAACUACCACUCCCCAGUCUGGGCCAACACGGCACCGCCGGGCAACAAGCCCACCCACCAGUCCACCGAAAUCGACAGCAGCCGCAUCGAGCAGAGCAACAACACCAUCUACGUCAUCGGAGGGGUCAUCUCCUUCACGGUGGCCGUGGCUGUUGCCAUUAAGGUGGCUUUCCACAAGGCCUCGCGGCAGCCCCGCAACAGGGAGCUCAACAUGCCCAGGGCUCUAGUGGACAUGCUGCGCCACCAGUCCAGCCCUGUCCAGCAGGGCGAGCGAAACAACAGCGUGGCUCUGACCACUGAAAGAGACGGAGGAGGAGGAGGAGGAGGAACAGGAACUCUCGGACGACCACCGAAAAACCUCUAUCCCACCCUGCAGAGCAAAGACAACCGCCUAUCUACUGUGAAUACUAUGGGAGGAGGAGGAACAGGAACUCUCGGACGACCACCCAAAAACCUCUACCCCACCCUGCAGAAAGACAAACACAUGGGAAAUCUGCAGCACAACUUCAUCCAUACUACAGGGUCCAGCCCCAAGCACACCGCCACUAUUGAGCACGCUCCUCGUAUGAACAACAUGCAGAUGGUCACAGGCGGGACACUGAAACCGAGUAAGCACACAAACGCCAUGAAGCCCCAGCCGUCCUUCCACCAUUCCCUCCACAACCUGGCCCAGCUGCCUCCAUCCUACGAAGCCGCCAUGAAGCCCGAAAUGAACAGAUACUCUUCCCUCAAACGUCUCGAAAAAGGAGGUCUGGAGGAAUAUUCCGGUUACUGCACCACCAAGCGGAGACCCAACAAUGCCCCUCCCGGCUUCCACUCCUCCCAGCACCACCUACCAUGGGGUGGCGACUACACCCUCGGCGGGAGGGGUACACUGCCCACCCACGCCACACGUCCCCGGAUACCCCACCCCCAGUCAGCCCCCAGCCACACCCCCAACCCGUACCCCCUGGAGCCACCCGAAUCGAAGCACAACCCUAACUACGACACGCUCUCCAAGCCGCCACGGCGGGUCAAGUCUACCGACCAGCUCCUGGCGCUCGCCGACGGCAACACGGCGACGCUAUCCCGCAUGAACAAGAACCAGCAGCACCAGUACUACAAAUCCAAAAACUCCAACACCCAGAACACCCUGCGCAAGUCCAAGGAGAGGCUGCUGAUGUCUCCUGACCACCUGGAGGAAGAGGUGGGGGAGUACGGGAACGGCGGAGGCGGCAUGGGCAUGGGCGACUACACGGGCGGAGGGGGCAUGGUGCCCACCCUGCCGCGCAUGGGCCACCAGAAGGCACAAUCUCAGCAAAACGUCUGCGCCACGCCCUCACUCGACCGCCAUCACAUGAUCAAGAUGAACUCCCACCCCACCUCAGGCCGGGAGCAGGAGCGCAACGCGGCCGCCAUGUCUGGUCACCUGGGGGGCGGCGGCAGCGGCGGCGUGGGAUGGAGCGAAAUGCCCAGCACGGGGGUCGUGAUGGGGACGGGAACGCUGGGCGGGCACAGCGCCAGGAGGAUGGCGUUUGCGGCCAAGAGGCAGAACACCAUUGAGCAACUACACUUUAUCCCCGGUGGGGGAGGGCCAGGUGGAGGGGGCGUGGCCAGAAACCAGGAGGUCCGAACGGGGAGCAAGAACGAAGUGACGGUGUGAAGAUGAGGACGAAGGGGAGGGUUAAGAGAGAGAGAGAGAGAGAAAGCAAGAACGAGAGAGAGAAAGAAAGAGAGAGUUAAGGAACAUGAAGGAUAUGCGGAGGAGAGAGAGAGUGGGCAGAAGAGGGAGUGAAGUAAUGAGAGAAGAGUGUAAAAAAGAGUGGGUGGAUGGUAGAGGCAGAGAACGAGAAGCAGAGAAGGAACCAGAGAAGGAGAGGAGAUGGAGGCACGAUGGAGAUGAAAGAAUGGAGAACCUGGGAAAGCAGAAGCUGUAAAUACAGAGAGAAGAAGACGGAGGUUGUGAAGACAGAAGCUUAGAACCAUGUAUUAUUUUCCUCUUUGUAAAAUUCCAGCCAUAAUUACAGUAUAAUAAUUAUGUGUAUGUUCAAAGUUUGAUGAAAGCCACCUCAUAAAACAAAACAUCAACAAACGAGCAUCACACGAGCGAAGAGGCAGGACGCUGCUUCUCGAACGCAGAAUUUCAUGUCACUGUGUGUCACGUUUCUACUGGAUCUUUAAAAACCAUUAUAUUUAUCGCCAUUCUAGAGCCAUAUGUUCGGGAAAUGUCCAAUGGAACAUUCAUCCAGGACUAUAUAUAAUAUUAAAAGGAAGAAAACUUGGACACAUUCAGUGUGCCUACAUAAAAAAAAGAAUCCUUCGUAUUGGUUGGGUUGCGCUAACGAGCCAACUCAAGCCAGUAUUGAUAAGAAUAAGAAAUACCACAUACAUACAGGAUGGCCUCUGAUAACGGGAGUGGGCUGGCUUUUUAAUGUACCACAAUCUACUGCCACACCAGUAUAUAUGGGUGACGUCUGUAAUAAUCUGGGUUUGCUUGCAUUCCAAAAAACAUUGCCACGAUGAAAAAAAAAAUCAUACAAGGGUAAGACUUUGCUUGAACUGUGUUACACAAUGAUGUGGGCAUAACCAUGCUAUAAGCAGGUCACAGGAGACAUUAUAUCAGCAAUAUACAUAAUAUAACUAGGCCUGUUCACUUAGUUUAGUCUAAACAACUUAAAAUUAUUUUUUUUACUUCUGCAUCUCAGUUUGGUCAGCAAUACACAGAGGUGUCAAAUGUAUACACAUUCACUCUAUACUAGAAAUAUAGGUACUAGGAUUUAAGAAUACUUCUGUAGAAGCUGAAGCAUUGAUUCAAGCAUUUUACUCUUUAAGUAAAAGUGUAAAAGUAGUUUUCAUUACGUUUUUAGUGAACAAUCAAUUUGUUCACUCUAUAUAUAACAUAACAUCUCAAGAUUUGGAUGCUUUUGACAGUGGAGCUCCGAGCUCUUGCUGGGAUUUGAGCUCAUGAUGUCCUCACACUUGAUGAGCUGUAGCUAGACCGUAGGGCCGGUCUAGAACUGUGAAAUUACACUGCAUAAAUUUACCCUUCAAUUCUUUCUCGCACAGAAAUGUACAUGGCUUUACAGCCCUAGAGUGGAGUUACUGUCUAACUGCUAGCUUGACAAGAUACAGUAUCAUACUACAUGAAAUCAUAGGUUCAGAUCCCAUCAACAUCACACAGUCUGAGAGUAGGGUUGGUUAUAGAGGCACUGUGUACAACCAAUUUGUAACUCAAUUUCUAAAUUAAUUGUUGAGCCAAUUUAAUUAAGCUAUUUUCACAUUGCACACGGUAGCCGCAUCGCUGUAUGCUGAUCCCCAUUGUGUUCCCCUGCACCCUUGUUUCCCCCAGCACCAGAGCAUUUUGUUGCUUUAAAAGUGUUGUGUUUCCACGCCCAUAACCACGCCUCUGCCAUGCCGUAAAGUUCAGAGAUAAAAGGAGGAAAACCAAAACCAGAGCUUUAUUCUGAGUUUGAAACAAUGUCUACAUAUCUAAAGAUGCUGUAGCUGACACCACACACCAAAUCACUAAUCCCAGACGUCACGUUUUUUUAAAAACCCUGCCUAUAUCAGCUGGUGACCCUCUGUGUCAGAAGCAUUUUCUCCCCAAUUUACACGGCCAAUUACCCAACCCACUCAUUAGGACUCCCCCUAUCACUAGGAAUGCUGCAACACACCAGGAGGGUGAAGACUAGCACAUGCCUCCUCUGAUACAUGUGAAGUCAGCCACCGCUUCCUUUCGAGCUGCUGCUGAUGCAGCAUUGCUGAGCAUCCGGCGCACUUGGAGGAAAGUGCAGCGACUCGGUUCUGAUACAUCAGCUCACAGACGCCAUGUGCUGUGGACAUCACCCUAGGAGUGAUGUGGGGAGAGACCUGCGACCUCCUGCUCAUAGUGGUAGCGCUUUAGACCGCUGGACCACUUAGCGCCCAAGGAGAAUGUUUGACCUACGGCCGAAAUGCCAGUGCAGACACCUUUCCAUCCCAUUUUUUGAAUGUUCUGCAGAAGUUGAAAAUUCUCUGGUUGUCUUUUGUUUCAUCCACCCUUUGCACGCAUGCCAUCCACCCCUUAAGUGCAUUUUCUACACUCUUUAAAGUAUAGAGUAUAGUGUAACAUGCUUACUGUUUCUAGACUUUCCUAUACCUACUGUAACUGUAUUAGCUCAAAUCAACAUCGCACAAUAUCUGGAUCAUCAGCUAAGGGCACCUUUGUGGCUCAUUGGCUUAUGACAUGAUUAUACCUAUAACUGUGUCACCCAUUUCAAGCAAAGUGUUACCAGAAUGAGAUUAAAUGAGACUGUACUCUCUUAAGAGAUGCCCACAGGAUCCUUGCCUUGUUUGUCCAACAGCACAAAAUCUUCAGCACACGUUCUGCCAGAACAGCUCGGGGAUAAGCACCUACUUCUGUUGGGAUUCUGAACUGGAAAGUUCACAGAAGUUCACGGAAACCCAGUAACGAUUAUUUUAGUCACCUUGCCCACACAAAUAUCUCAAGGAAGGGACCGGCAGCCUGCCUGCCUUGCCAAUAGAAGCCAUUUUUUACACCUGGGCGGAAAGGCCCGGCCUGGAGUGGGUCAAAAAACAGAACAGAGCAAAAGCUAAACAUAAAAAACAAGAUAUGACAAUAUGACAAUCACCAUUUCUAUCCAUCUGAUGAGAUGAACUUUGGCACUUUGUUGAGAUUCUGAGCCGUCACUUUUCUUCAGCACGCAGGGAUUCAGACCAGGAUCACGCGGGACGCUUUGACCAGGAGGACACUUUAAGAACUGUUACGCCGUCGCAACGUCCCGACGACCCAACGGCCCAACAGCCCAAUGUCACAAUGGCCCAAAGCCUCAGAACUAUUAGCUUUGGUUUGCUCACCACGUCGGGGCGUGCUUGGGUCGUUUGCGUUUGUUAUGUCUGUCGCCGAACAGACAGGAAUAAGAACGCUGACCACGUAACAUAGCUCAGGUGUGCACGCGGGCACUUAGGUGAGCUCACGGAUGAGCAAAAAAGAAAAAGAAAAAAAGAAAAAAAAUACUCGCUGGGGUUUUUCUUUUCCAGACUUUCUGGAAUCCCCCUAAAGCCAUGACAGCAGGCGUCAGUGACGGGAGUAGAAAAGUUCAGCUGUGCUUUCAUACAUACCUGCUGUCCGUCUGUCAUUCGGGGAAAAAAGGACAGAGCACCAUACCCAAUAUCCUAAUCAAUAACUUAUUAAGCUUAUCAAUAUUAAGGGCUAUACUACAUGUGUGUCAGUGGCUUUGCCUGCCCACAGUUUUUGAGUUCUUAUUUAAAACGACGACAUUGACGUUGAUGGCGGUAACGUUGAUGUAUAGAGGUGGCGGAGGAGGCGAAACGAGGUGUGACGAGGCGAAGCGGGCGGGGCUAGGUGAGGCGGGGGCGGGGCUAGGCGAGGAUCAGCCCACAGGAUAAGCCCUCUGAACCAGUUCAGCUCUUCUCGGCUCCUGUUUUACUCCUUUAUUUUUAUGGUUUUACUGCGAGUACUGGUGAUUUCCGUAUUAGAUAGUCAGUUACAGAUGUAAUUAUGUGUCCCAGUACAAGUACUUGCCUACAGAGAGCCACCUGAGGGGCGCUCGCUCGCUCAGCGGCGGUGGGCUAGGCUCGGUGGGCUACGCUCGUUUACUCUCAGACGGGAACUAAAAACGGAUCUUGACGAAUCACAAAACGAUACGUAGAGACAAUCUUCCUACAGACUACAUAAGUGUUUGUUAUCGUCAUUACUAUGACAGUUAAUAUUAUGGUUAUUGGUGAUAUUUAUUCUUAUUGCUGUUAUGAUUACUGAUUAUCUUCUCAUUAUGAUGGUGAUAUUUUUUCUUCUGUGGUUUUAGUGUUUAACUCGUUUUUUCGAUAUAUUUCUCAUGCGAUCGAUUACUUUUACGACUGCUCGCGAAAAACACAAAUAAAUAAAUGAACGAACGAACGAACGGACGUACAAACAGAAGCACAAGCGGGCGCUCGCUCUUUUUAGUGCAUCCCGGCGACGAGUGCGCUCCGAUGUUCCUCGGUGUGAUGUCAUAUAGUGUGAACCAUCAUAUCCAAGCUUGCCAGUUGUCACUGUUGCUGCGGCAUCACAAACACGGGGUUUUUUCUAUGAUGUCACGGUGUGUGUGUAAAUGAACAGUAGGUUGACAUUAAUGCGAUCUCAGCUGUUUGAAUGUUUAUUUCAGGGAAUAUUAGAAUAGCUAAAUUAAUUUAGCGGUUUUUAUUUGUCUUAAUAAGUCUGUAGCAACGUCUGUUCGGUUUUGUACCCACAAGCCAUAACUGUACGUUUUUAUGAGAAACGCAACAAAUAAGAUACCAUCAGUUGUGCUAACUAACGCAAGGCCUGCGACAUUUUCACCAUGCUCAGUGCGAUAAAAAAAAGACGCUUGGUGACCGUGUCGGCUUUGGAGGCUACGCUCUCUGUUUUGAGAGAUUUGGUUUGAAUGGGGGGUUGGAGAUUGGGGUUGGGGUGGGGUUGGGAUUUGGGGUUGUUUGGAAAGAGCCAUAAAGGAACAGUCCUGUUCAAUACUUAUCAUUAAAAGCUAAUGUUAAAGUGGGACGUAUCGUUUCGUAACAAGUCUGGGGACAUGCCUUAUUCAGGAAUGCAUCAUUUAGCAGACAUUAUCAGCAUCGUGCCCAUAUAAGGAACUCUACUUUGGGGUUUACGUUGGUUCUCUGUAUAAGAAAAAUGGAUAUCCUCACUUAAUUCCACUGGAUACACUGGAUCCUCUGAAUUAUAGGUUUAGCCAAGCAUGCUACAUCAAUAUAUAGGCUAUAGGCUUAGCUGGGCAUGGCUUAUGAACUCACAGUUCUAGCUGCAACACUGAGAUAUUCCCAGCAAAAAACAAACGUUAGCAAUGCUUAAAAAAUGUUUAGCCUGAAAUCAGAAUGUUAUUCAAACAAUGCUCACAUAAUGUUCCCAGCUAGACAAACACAAACGUUAUGGAAACGUUAAUAUAAUAAUAUUUGCAGAACUGUUGCAGCAGCAUUACCAGAAUGUUUAAAAGCGCUAAAUAAAAACAACAUUCCAAAAAAAUCCAAAACACUCUAAGAGAGUUAACUGUAACGUUCAGAAAACAUUUUACUGAUAUACCGUAUUUUUCGGACUAUAAGGCGCACUUAAAAACUUUUAAUUUUCACAAAAAUUUACAGUGCGUCUUAUAAUACGGUGCGCCUUUUGUAUGGAUUUUACUCGUCAGGUUGUAAGGAGCAGUAAACACACACUCCGUGCAGCGUUAUAGAGAGUUUCAGUGCUAUACAGAGUCCAGAGCCGUGCAGCUCCGAGGCUGAGCAGCAAUAGCAUUAGCUAAAUGCUAACCGCUAAGCUAGCUAACUUUUUCACUGUUCAGAGAUCAGUAUUAUCUAAAUUUAGUACUUUUAAUACUGCUGGAGCAGUAUUAUUAGAGUUAGAUGCUAAUCGCUAAGCGUUCCCUGUUCAGAGGUGAGUUAUCGGCCUGUAAGUCUGUGCUGCUUUGCCUGGCUAGCAUUAGCUAGAUGCUAAGCACUAACUCUCUCAGAGGUGAGUUUUAUCAGCCUGUAAUCUGCUUGUUUACCGUGUUAAAACAAGCUACGGGGGACGAAUCGCUAGCUAAUAUCUCACUGUCUUACCAGAACACGCAGGAUUACUCAGUGUAACGCUGUCGUUUAAGUUUGGGUUAACUUUACUAGUUUAGGUGACUAGCUAGCGUGCUAGCGGAUAGCUAUGCUAACGCUGGUGCAGCAAGCCUUAGUGGAAAUCUGGAAAUCUAAGCUUACUGUAAAUAAACUGAAGCACUUUACUCACCCAAAUAAACAGUUUUCAGGAGAGGAAUCUGUGUAGAUUAAUAUCCAGCACUCGUUUGACUUUGAAAGAGCUAGAUUUGUAUACUGAGACGCUCCACCGGCAAGACACCCCCCCCCGCCAUGGCGCCACCCCUGUUCACUUUGAUAUAGGCACCCUUUCUAGUGUCACUUAAUGCGCCUUAUAAUGCGAUGCGCCCUAUGUAUGGAAAAAUACCAGAAAAUAGGCGUUCUUUGAUGGUGCGUCUUAUAAUACGGUGCGCCUUAUAGUCCGAAAAAUACGGUACAAUUGUUAGCAUGGUCAGCACUCAUGUAUGACUAUGUAUGAGUCAGUGCUAGGCCAUUUAGUAAGUGGUAGCAAAGUAAACUGAUAGCUUCAGUCAGAGUGCCAUUAUCAUGCAAUACUGGCACUCGUAGAACAUCUUUCAGCCAAUCACAUUGCACGGUCAGAAGUAUCUGGGUAAUAACGAAUAAUCAGACUGUGGCUUAAGAGUCAGAGUCUAGAAGCAUUUUUAGCUGUGUAUUUUAACACAAGGUAUGAUUGAUACACAAUUAGCCAGUGUGAAAUGACAAAAAAAUAAAUAUUGCUUCCAAAUUCUGCAUUUAUUUGCAGAAAAUGAGAAAUGGCUGAAAUAACAAAAAAGAUGCAGAGCUUUCAAACCUCAAAUAAUGCAAAGAUCAUAUGCCGUCCAUAUGCAUAAAGUUUUGGAGUUCAGAAAUCAGUAUUUGGUGGAAUAACCCUGGUUUUAUUCACAGUUUUGAUGCUUGGCAUGUUCUCCUCCACCAGUCUUACACACUGCUUUUGGAUAACUUUAUGCCACUUCUGGUGCAAAAAAUCAAGCAGUUCAGCUUAGUUUGAUGGCUUGUGAUCAUCCAUCUUCCUCUUCGUAAUAUUCCAGAGAUUUUCAAAUUGGUAAAAUCAAAAGAAAACAUAAUUAUUAGGUGGUCUCUCUUUUCCAGAGCUGUCUAAUGAUAUUUUAAUAAUGCGUGUUCGGCAGCUUGGCACACAAAAUGUAUUAACCGAGUUUGUUAUAACAGAAAGUCAUGCCCCUGUUAUACUAGAAAAUUCAUUUGAAAUGCUAGUGCUCAGCUGAUGUUACUCACGUGUCAACAGCAAUGCCAAAAGCAGGGCUCAGCCAAUGUUGCUAAUGCUUUCUUAGCAAUGUCUAUGACCGUGCUCAGCCAACAUCGCUAACGCCAUGUUAGCAAAACCAGCGACCAGACAUGUCUAAUUUUGCUAACUUCAGCGGUGCCGGUCACCGUGCAAAGUCGACGUCACUAAUGCCAGAUUAGCAAUUUGGGCAACAGGGCUCAGCUACCUAAUAAGCAGAUCCCACAGCCUGUAAGCCCUCCCACUGAACAGCUGUCCCAGUCUGGGUACCAACCAUACUCAAACUAUUCAGCCCUGCAGUUACAGUGGCCGAGAAAUCCCAACACAAAAAGCAGGAAACAUCAAAAUGACAACAGAGGUGCUGCAAAUACAGCCAGAACACAACAGACUUUCCCCUGGGGAGCCUAAAAGAGGCUGUACCCAUAACCUACGUCUUCAGUAAUGUUCGGUUAGGCAGCACUUUUAAUAUGCAUGCAACCAUAGUAAUCACAGUAAACAAACAUAACUUACUUUUCAGAAGGUCAGAGGUUGGCACCAAUAGUCUUCUGUGCACACAGCAAAGUUUGAGAUGUUAGCUUAGGGGUACAGUAUCUAAUAUGGUCCCCUGGGGAAAUUCCUUGCAUUUUGACUGUGUUUGCAGCAUGCUUUUCUAUUUGCAGCAAGUUUCUCUAUUUGCAGCAACUGUGUCGUCAAUUCGAUAGAUGUGUUUUUGUGUGUUUGGCUUUCUUGGCCACCAUUAAAAAAAACAAAUGUAGUGUUACGUUAGCUUGCACGUAGCAGUAUCCACAUUUUGACUUGUCAUUAAACCUGUAAAGCAGAGGACCCAGUGAGAUUUAGUCCUGUAUCACUCAGCAGACAUCCAGCUUAAACCCAUUACGAUUUCCUAUUAUGGGCUCCACUGCAGAAAGACGACACAACGUCCACAGGUCUAUUGCAACCUGCAGGUCCCCGAACAGAACUCAGUAAGAAGGUGAAAGGAUGUGAAUGCUUUGACUUGAAUGGUUGUAUGCUCACAAUCUUGUGAAGAACCCCACACUCUUCAGUGAGGAGCAGAUAGAGAGAGUCUGAUUCGGAUGAAACACCUCUGAAUGUACCUUCAAAUCUGCAGGGGAAUGUACAAGACGAGAGAAGAGCCAGAAAGAAUGUUUGGUCAAAAGUCAGUCAAGCUCUUAUUCACUGAAAUGUCCAAAUCUCAUAUUGUUUUACUAAGUGCUUUGUUUCAUAUAUCCCUCUUAGGUAAGAAAUAUAAGGAAAAUUGUGAUAAUUUCACCUUUGUAAAAUAAAGUCGACUGAUGAAAA